GCACCCGAAGGCAUCACCCUGCCCACAAGACCGGUUGCUGCUUGAAAGGUGGUAAACGAAACUGAACUUUUCAUAAGCUUGUCGUGGGGUCUCAACGUUUCGUGCUAUCAAACGUUAUUAAAAAAAAACCCAGAACAUUUAUAAGAAGAGAAUCAACAUUACAGCCUUCAACACCAUGGCACAUCAUAGAGCUCCUGACUCCAAAAGGGAACAGUUCCGGAGAUACCUAGAGAAAACUGGUGUUGUCGACAGUCUUACCAGUGUUUUGGUGGCUUUGUAUGAACUUCCUGAAAAGCCCAGCAAUUCCCUGGAAUUUGUGAAGGAGCAUCUCAAUUCUGUGGGUCAGACGUUAGCGGAGUCUGAGGCUCUGCAGCAGGAAGUGAUUGAGUUAAGGCAGAGGUGUGCUCGUCUGGUAGAGGAAAACAAAGAGCUUAAAUCAAGGCUGCAGCCUAAUGAACCUGAAGAUAAAUCCUCAAAUGACAAGUGACGCCGAGGUUACAGCAGCGUUUUGGGCUGAAUAACGUGCGGUAUAUGUUUAUUUUGUUCACCUAAACUUAAAGGUCAAGAAUUUUUUUAGGUAACUGGUUCUGUAAAUCUUAUUUUCUAAUAUGUUUCUUAGAAUUUAACUUAUUCUGUACAUGUAUGUAUAUAAGUUUGUUACUUGUUUGUUACGUCUUUAUCUUAGUUUAACUAAGAAAACUCACUUCUAUACGACUGGAUAAGUCAGUUCUUAAGACAUGGGACUUGAAGUUAUUUUGGUGUCUGUAACGUAAAAUAACAGAAGUGUUCAUUUUAUUUUCUGUCAUAGUAAUAAACACACAUGCACUGUGUCAUGGCAAAGUGUGACAAAGACACUUGUACUUUAUUUCCAACGAUCUGAUGUAACGGAACAAUUGUUAAAUAAAGCAGUCUUCUAAC